ACAAGGGCAUCCUUGAUCUUAUUUUAGUUUAUAAGAGAUCUGGCCUCAAGAGCACAUGUUUGCGACUUUGUGCCAGCACUUUCUAAAAACUAGCUGGCUGGUUGGAGUAACAUGUUCACAUGAGUCUGGAACCCAACUGAAAUAAAUUCUGCACUCUCACGUGUAGCUUCUUCACUCUUUUAGGACUGGCUUGCACAAAAACGGCUCUCUGUCUGCCUGCAGUACUGCCUUCUGUUCCCUAUGCAUUAUGCAUUACGUACACACUUAAGUGAUCAAUGACAACAGCACACUGAGUCACGAUGCAAAUGGAAAUGCAGAUACAUGCGCAUUUUAAUAAUGCCCCAUAUUUUGACCUUCCAAAAGUGCUGUGUAGUUCAUUUGAAUAUGGUAAUUGUAUAUGUGUGUAUUAGAUUCUCCUUGUCAUGUUCUUGCACAUUAUAUUCCUCUUAAAGAUAGAGGAACACAAGACGAGGAAGGAAGGAAAUAUAAUAUUAAUAUUUAGUUACGCAUGCCUAUUUCCCUAUUUUUAUAUUUAAAUGGCCUUUUCCAUCAUCUAACUCUCACUUGAAGUUAAUCUUCAAAAACAUUUGUUUUACACUUUAAUAAUUUAAUUGGAGGCUCAUUGAUCCUCCGGGGGAGGAUAUACAGCCAGUGUUUUAUAACGGAUGCUUGCCGAAGAAGCGUGUUUUGGAGUAGUUUGUGAGGAUCAGUGGUGUUUAUGUACAAAUGGGCAUCAGACACUCCAAACACAGACAUGAUCACUUGUUCUGACAGAGAGAACUGAUGACGUCCAGCCUUUACGUACUUAUCCUUCAUCACCACAUUGCCUCCAUGGAGAAGCUGUCCCUCACAACCAGUGGCUGCCCGCUUCUCAUUCAGUGCCGAAAUUUCCGGCUUGUCCACUUUGUGAUUCCGCGAGAGCGGGACUGCCAUGACAUCUACAGCUCUCUGCUCAGGCUGCUGAGACCAGUGUCCUACGACGAGCUGUACGCAUUCUCCUACAACCCAAAGCAGAAUGACCAACAGAGAGAGGAGGGCUGGCAACUCAUAGACCUCGCAGCUGAGUUUGAACGGAUGGGAGUGCCAUGUGAUCAGUGGCAAUUGACAGAUGUUAACAGGGAGUACAAGGUGUGUGAGACAUAUCCAAGAGACUUAUAUGUACCCAUUACGGCCAGUAAACCAAUCAUAGUCGGAAGCUCCAAGUUCAGAAGCAAAGGCCGCUUUCCUGUUCUAACAUACUUCUACCAGGAGAAGAAGGCAGCGGUGUGUCGAUGCAGUCAGCCUCUCUCUGGCUUCAGCGCUCGCUGUUUAGAAGACGAACACAUGCUUCAGGCCAUCAGCAAGGCCAAUCACAACAGCCGAUAUAUAUAUGUGAUGGACACGCGGCCUAAGUUGAAUGCACUGGCGAAUCGUGCGGCAGGGAAAGGCUAUGAGAAUGAGGACAACUACUCUAAUAUUCGCUUCCAGUUUGUGGGCAUCGAGAACAUUCAUGUGAUGAGAGGAAGUUUGCAGAAGCUUCUGGAAGUGGUGGGAACGCGCUCACUUUCCAUGACUGAUUACCUGGUUGGACUGGAAAACAGUGGAUGGUUGCGUCAUAUCAAAGCCAUCAUGGAUGCAGCUAUAUUCCUUGCCAAGGCUGUGACUGUUGAGGGCGCUAGUGUCCUAGUGCACUGCUCUGAUGGAUGGGAUCGGACAGCUCAGGUCUGCGCUCUAGGCUCUCUGUUGAUGGAUCCGUACUAUCGCACCAUUAAAGGUUUCAUGGUACUUAUUGAAAAAGACUGGAUCUCUUUUGGACACAAGUUUGCAGACAGGUGUGAUCAGUUGGACCCCGACCAAAAAGAGGUGUCACCCAUCUUCACACAGUUCCUGGAGUGUGUAUGGCAGCUGACUGAACAGUUUCCUCAGGCUUUCGAGUUCAGCGAGUGGUUCCUCAUUCAGAUCCACGAGCACGUCCAUUCCUGCCAGUUUGGCAACUUCCUGGGCAACAGUCAACGGCAGAGAGAGGUCCUUCAGUUGAAGGAGAGGACAUAUUCAUUAUGGGCUCACCUUCUGAGUGAAAAGCAGAACUACAUGAACCCUGUGUACAGCCCAAGCUUUGCAGAAUCACACCCGGUCUUGGAACCGUCUACCCAAGCUUGCCACUUCAAGUUCUGGAGAAACAUGUACCAUCAGUAUGACCGUUCCAUGCACCCUCGGCAGUCCAUUCUCAAGCAAGUCCUCACUUUCAAAGAAAGCAACCGAGAGCUUGAGGGCACAGUGCAAGCCCUGAAGACUAAGCUCCAGAAGUUUGGUGUGAGUACGUCUCCACUAAAGCCCCAGACACCUCCAAGAGAUCGCAGUCUCCCUCCCCGACCUCAGUCUCUUAUCCUGGGAGCUCCUCUUCUCAGUCGGAAGGAAGUGCAGCAGGAGGAAGACGAGGAGGUGUUCGGAGAGGAGGCCAGGGAAGAUGCUCCGGCCAGUACUGAUGGAGAAAGGACUGUAGAGGGUAGCAGUGCCACGGAGAAUGGUUACGGAGAGCUGACAGGAUCGUUCGGCUCCAAGAAUGAGCCGGCCGUGGUCACCUUGGAGUUUGGAGUAGCCAGAAUGACCUGCUAAGGACACUUCAGAACUUGAUUUUGGAAAUUUCAUGAAUCUAGUGGGACUGGGAAAAAAAAAAGAUUUGUAUAUUCUUAUGUGAGAAAGAUGAAGUAUAUGUUUGCUAGUGAGUGUGUGUGUGAGGGCGCCCAUGUGCGCAGUUGUUUACUCUAUAUGAUGGCACUGCACUCAUGUACGAUAGACAAAGAAAUAAUUGGGAGGAAUUCAGAGAUGGAUCCCUUAAUGUAAAUGCAUUGUUAUAUCUGUCAAUUCAAAUGUUAUUUCUGUCAUCAACUACAUUUUUAAAAAAGCUUGUUUUUUGUUUUUGUUUGCUCGUUUUUUAAAGAAUGUCAGUAGCACUAAAAAGAAAAGAUUAAACAAAGAGCUGAUGGACUUAUGAAUCAAAUCCUCAAUAUUGUAGGUGUUCUAACUCAAAACUUAAUUUAUUCGAUGUCACUUGCUGUUAUCUUGAAGGGUGAAAAGACUGAUGCUGUCCAGAAUGAAGGAUAACUGCAGAAAUGCCCUACACACAAGUGUCCCAUGUGCAGCCUGGUCGAUUAUGGGGGUUACCCAAAAGGUUAAUGUGAUGUCAUAGAGCAGGUCAAAGGUCAUGUUUAUUUACAGGUGACUAUAUGAGCUAACAAUAAAUCACGGGUAACAAAAAACCGGUUACUAAUCUGAAUGGAUAAUCUAAAGCAAUCUGUC